ACGGCAAUGUCGCGCCAGCAUUUGACGUGCGGGCGAGCCUGGGGGGUGCGGGGAUGAUGGCAGGGGCGGCGAAGGUGGACGAGCAGGAAAUGGAUCAUCAGAUGAAGGACAGCGGGAGGGACAUGGCGGCUGAUGGAGCGCACAACGACGGGGACGACCAGGACGUGCUUGACAAUGCCGACAGCCAGGCGGAUGGAAAGGAAGCGAACCAGCAGCAGCGGCAGAAGCGGACCCACUGGCCGAAGGACGACGAGAAGAUGCGAUCUCUUGUGCUCAAGGUCGCCAAGGCGUGGCUCCGUCAACCCGAUCACUCCUCUGAGGGGCAGGUACAGCAGUGGUGCCGCCUGAAGCACCAGCUUUCGAUGAGAUGAUACGCAAGUUCCGAGUCCGCCAGAUACAAGGGAACACGUACCCGCCA